CUUUCCUCCUCUCCUCUCGGAGGGCUAGGCGUCAGUUGCUGAAAGGUGGGGACACUUCCUGACGCAUUCGCAACACUGAGAAGUGUCUUAAGGGAGGUCGGGGCCCAUUCGCUCCCAGGCCGGGAUCGUGAGCACCCUGCUGGCGGAGACGCCCCUGCCCGGCCUCCCUGUCUCCUGGCGGCUCUCUCGGCCUCCCGGUCUCCACCUGACCAUGUCCCUGGCCGAGGCCAUCAGCCUCUGGAAUGAAGGAGUGCUGGCGGCCGACAAGAAGGACUGGAAGGGCGCCCUGGACGCCUUCAGCGCCGUCCAGGAGCCCCACUCCCGCAUCUGCUUCAACAUCGGCUGCGUGCACAGCAUCCUGGGGAACGCGCCCGAGGCGGAGCGGGCCUUCACCAAAAGCAUCAACCGAGACAAGCACUUGGCUGUGGCUUACUUCCAACGAGGGAUGCUCUACUACCGGAUGGAGAAGUACGAUUCAGCGAUUAAAGACCUUAAAGAGGCCUUGACGCAGCUUCGAGGGAACCAGCUGAUAGACUACAAGAUUCUGGGGCUGCAGUUCAAGCUGUUUGCCUGUGAGGUGCUCUAUAAUGUUGCUUUCAUGUAUGCCAAGAAGGAGGAAUGGAAGAAGGCUGAAGAACAGCUAGCACUGGCUUGCAGCAUGAAGUCCGAGCCCAGACACACCAAGAUCGACAAGGCCAUGGAGUGCGUCUGGAAACAGAAGUUGUAUGAGCCAGUGGUGAUCCCUGUGGGCAAGCUGUUUCGGCCAAAUGAGAGACAAGUGGCUCAGCUGGUCAAGAAGGAUUACCUAGGAAAGGCAACGGUUGUGGCAUCUGUAGUGGAUCAAGACAGUUUCUCUGGGUUUGCCCCUCUGCAGCCACAGGCAGCUGAGCCUCCACCCAGACCCAAAACCCCAGAGAUUUUCAGGGCCCUGGAAGGAGAGGCUCACCGUGUGCUGUUUGGGUUUGUGCCUGAGACACCAGAGGAGCUUCAGGUCAUGCCAGGGAACAUUGUGUUUGUCUUGAAGAAGGGCAGUGAUAACUGGGCUACGGUCAUGUUCAACGGGCAGAAGGGGCUCGUUCCCUGCAACUACCUUGAGCCGGUGGAGCUGAGGAUCCAACCCCAGCAGCAGCCCCAGGAGGAAACCUCCCCGGAGUCUGACAUCCCAGCUCCUCCUAGUUCCAAUGCCCCUGGAAGAUCCCAGUUGUCACCAGGUCGGAAACAAAAAGAAGAACCCAAGGAAGUGAAGCUCAGCGUCCCCAUGCCCUUCACGCUCAAGGUGCACUACAAGUACACUGUGGUCAUGGAGACGCAGCCCGACCUGCCCUACCUCCAGGUCCGGGACAUGGUGUCCAAGAAGCUGGAGCUCUUGCCGGAACACAUUAAGCUCAGCUAUCGGCCUCGAGACAGCAAUGAGCUGGUGCCCCUUUCGGAAGACAGCAUGAAGGUUGCCUGGGGCCAGGUCAGAAACUACUGCCUGACUCUGUGGUGUGAGAACACAGUGGGUGACCAAGGCUUUGCAGAUGAACCCAAGGAAAGUGAAAAAUCAGAUACCAAUAACCAGACAAUGGAACCUCAGGUUCAGGAAGGGGGCCAAGUGGUAGCGCUCUUCAGUUACGAGGCCACCCAACCCGAGGACCUAGACUUUCUGGAAGGGGAUAUAAUCCUGGUGCUCUCCAAGGUGAAUGAAGAAUGGCUGGAAGGGGAGUGCAAAGGCAAGGUUGGCAUUUUCCCCAAAGCUUUUGUUGAAGAACGGGCAACCACAGAUUUUUCGUAGAAAGCACUCCUGGAGGAGUCUAG